AUGGGCAGCAGCAGAAGGAAGGUCAUCUGGGUUCUGUGCUCGCUGCUGCUGCUCCUUGAAGCCAGUUCUGCCAAGAGUAUUUGGAAACGGGCACUGCACGCGAGGCUGGCUGAGAAACCCCAUGCCCAGGAGGCCGAUGGCCCCUGGCAGCCCCGCACGGACCGCUGCCCGCCACCCCCGCGCUCGCUGCCCCCCGGAGCCUGCGAGGUGGAGCCCUGCCAAGCGCACACCCAGUGCCCGCAGCGCCAGCGCUGCUGCCAUAAUGGCUGUGUCUACACCUGCCUGGAGGCCGUGCCGCCCCCGCCAGUUGUAGAUUGGCUGGUAGAGCCGAAACCUCGGUGGCUUGGUGGCAACGGCUGGCUCCUGGAUGGCCCCAAGGAGGUGUUACAAGCGGAGACCUGCAGCACCACAGAGGACGGGGCGGAGCCACUCCUCUGUCCCUCAGGCUAUGAGUGCCGCAUCCUGAGCCAGGGCGACAUGGCCAAGGGCAUCCCCAACCGCGGGGAGUGUGUCAAGCAGGGCCCAGCAGAAGAGCCAUCCCAAAGACAUCCAGUUCACAAAAAAUACCCAGAGGGAGACACCAAGAACGUGGCGGAACAUGGAAAAGGCCGACGGAGGCACAUGGAAUAA